AUGAUUUCGAAUUCAUCUAUUAUCCACCUCCAACAGAAACGCCAUCACCAACAUAUCCGCCAACAGAAACACCAUCACCAACAUAUCAGCCAACAGCAACACCAUCACCAACAUAUCAGCCAACAGCAACACCAUCACCAACAUAUCAGCCAACAGAAAUACCAUCACCAACAUAUCAGCCAACAACAGCAACAGUUUUACCAACAUCGCAACCAACAACCACAACAACAACAGCAGGAUCACCAACACCAGAUGAUAAGCAAAGAAGUAAGAGAGUUGUAG